GCGACCAGCGAACGCGACAGCGUAUCGCCUUGCGACCUAGGCUUCCGCAAUGUCGAUAACAGUACUCAUAUUGACAUUGAGCUUCUGGAUGCUUCUGUCUCCCAGCUUCCUAUCGCUUCUUUGGUCUCUAUGCUCGCCGCGGCCUAGCGAGAUGGCUUCGCAGAGCAUGAAAGCGCUCUCUCCACCAACAGUCAGAUUUCGGUCCACUCAGGUCACGACCAUCGCGCUCGGAAUGAAGGUGUCCCUGUUUCGGCAUGGUAUUCGUGCUGUCACGCCAGAUUGCGACAAAAGGUCACCCUCGCCAUUGCAGGUGCUAGCGCGAGGGAUGGGGCUGCAGAUGGCCAUGGUGGGCAGGAGGACCAAGUUCACUCUCUACCUGAACAAUUCCACGACGCUCGACCUCGUGGUGGAGAUAAAAAAUGAGGAGGGCGAUUACUGUAGCCACAGAAUCACCAAUCGCUCUCCACUCAGGUCGAGGGUCCUCUCCAAACAGGCGCUCAAGGAGCGCCACAAUAUUCCUCUGGAGUACGAGGUGUCCGGCAGCGAGGUCCGCGUGGCCUGGAUCCCCCUGCAGGAGGGUCGUCACACGCUCUCCAUCAUUUGGAGGGGCCAGCACGUCGUGGGUUCCCCGUACUCUGUAGUCGUCGACGACUCGCAGGUACGACUAUAA